UCUUGCAGAGGCCCCCGGCGUCGGCCACGUGCUCCGGCUGCGCAGCGGAGAGCCGCUCUCACCACGCCAUGGACAGCCUCCAGCGGUUUGCGGUUGUUCUCGUGGCACUACUGGUGCAGGUAGCGCUGACGAGGGCGCGAGCCAUCGGCGGAUCAGCCAAUACGUCCUCUGUUGCUAUCCAGAGGAGAGGCGACUACGAUGGUGGAGGGUCUUUCGGGGGCAGCGGUUUUGGAGGAGGCGGAGGAGGCUACGGAGGUGGAGGUGCUGACUUAGGUGGCGGUUUCGGCAGCAGUGGUGGAGGUGAUGUAGGAGGAGGUUACAGCUAUGGAGGUGGAGGUGGCGGUGGAGGUGGCGGCGGCGGUUUCGGCGGUCAUUCUGGAGGAGGUGCUGACUUAAGUGGGUCUUAUGGGGCACCAGCCGUCGGCGAUGUUGGAGGAUACGGGGGCGGUGACGUAGGAGGAGGCCAAGCAGGCUACGGUGGUGGUGGAGGCUUCGGAGGUAGUGCAGGAGGAGCAGAUCUCGGAGGCGGACAUGGAGACUUCGGCGGUGGUGGCGGCUACGGAGGCGGAGGAGCUGGCUAUGGAGGCGGCCUUGGCGACUUCGGUGGCGGUGGAGGUGGAGGUGGCGGCUAUGGAGGCGGUCACGGAGAUUUAGGUGGUGGUGGAGGAGGUGGUUAUGGAAGUGGCCAUGGAGACUUCGGUGGUGGAGGCGGUGGGUUCGGUGGAGGCGGUGGCGGAGGAGCAGGCUUUGGGGGAGACCAUGGAGGCUACGGCGGUGGCGGUGGAUUUAGUGGUGGUGACCUUGGUGGAGGUGGAGGAUAUGGCGGUGGAGAUGUAGGAGGUGGUGGCGAUCACCAUGGACCAUCUGCUGGGGGCGGCAUCGGCGGAGGUGCGGCGAUAGGAGGAGGGUAUUCGGCAGGUGGUGCAGAACAUGUUCAUGAGAAGCCUACACCUCAUGGUUACUGGAAGAAGAAGCUUAUCUGGAAACCAGACUGGCAGAAAGUGUGGAAGACGGGUAAGAAACAGAUAUGGAAACCUGCAUGGAAGAAGUACUGGAAACCUGUGUGGAAGGAAAUUCAAGUACCUGCCUGGAAGGAGAUCAAGGUCCCAGACUGGAAGAAGGUAUGGAAACCAGUCUGGGUCCCCACACAGGUGCCAGCAUGGAAGGAGAUCAAAGUUCCAGCCUGGAAGAAAGUAUGGAAACCAAUUUGGGUACCAACACAGGUGCCAGGAUGGAAAGAUAUUCAAGUUCCUGACUGGAAGAAAGUUUGGAAACCAGUAUGGAAGCCGAUACAAAUACCUGCCUGGAAACACAUAAAAGUAGAGGCCUGGAAGAAAGUAUGGAUCCCUAAGUUGAUUAAGGUGUAUGUUCCAGGAGAGAAAUCUCAUGGAACAGAUGAACAUGGCUGGGAAUAUACAUCCCAUGGACUAUGGAAGAAGAAGCUUAUAUGGAAACCAAUCUGGGUGAAAUACUGGAAACCAGGGAAAAAGCAAGUCUGGCUUCCUUCCAAAAAGCUGGUCUGGAAAGAGGAAUGGAAGCAAAUUUGGAGAACAGAGAAGAAACAGAUCUGGGUGCCGUCAAAGAAGUUGGUUUGGAAGCCCGAAUGGAUAAAGAUAUGGAAACCGGGUAAGAAGCAGAUAUGGGUGCCAUCAAAGAAACUCGUUUGGAAGGAGGAAUGGAAACAAAUAUGGCGGCCAGACAAGAAGCAGAUCUGGGUCCCAUCGAAGAAGCUUGAAUGGAAGGAAGCGUGGAAGAAGAUCUGGGUCCCAGCGUGGAAGAAAAUCUGGGUGCCUGCGUGGAAGAAAGUAUGGAAGCCUGUAUGGAUCCAUGAGUGGAUUGUACUGCCGGAGCCUCAUCCGCCUCAUCAUGAGGACUGGGAUAGAAAGGACAAGGCAGUGACGGGCUCGCAACAGCAGCAGCCGCAGCAAGUGAAACAGCAGAGUCCUCAGCUGACGCAGCGAAAACAGGAAACCAGAUCCGGAGGCUUCCAAUUCCCUAGGGCGUGACAGUCGAUCUAAUCAAUCUACCAGGAAAAUAACAGCUGUCAAGUGUAAGACAUUACUGAUCCACUGUUCCCCAUCCGAGGGAAGAAGAGUUGUAACUACUGUAAAAAGUGAUCACCAUCUUGUCAUUAUCGCUGACAGUCGUCUGCCAUUGGCCAAGAACCAUUUCUCCCUAGUCUGAGCCGAAUGCGAAGAUGAUGUAUAGCCGACGAAUCGUGUUAUGCCCUUGUAAUCUGGGAACAGAUCUGAGGGUGAAGACAUUUCAGUACAAUUUUUGUGGUCUGCCAUAGGAGAGACACUGGAUCAGAAAAGCAAGCACAGUAAAGAGAGGCCGUCGUCGUACCAUUCAGCUAUAUAGCCUUUUAUGUAUUAAUGUACUAAUGUACUGAACUUUUGUACAGAAAUAUUCCAAAGCUACUAGAAUAUGUUAUUUAAUAUAAACUGCGUGUGUUCACGUGCAGCCAAAUAGUGUGAUAUGGACAAAUGAGCACGCGUGCUUUGUAUGACUGAUUGUUAAUAUUGAUGUUUAUAUUUGUACAUUGUUAUGUUGUUGAUUUUGUACGUUGUAUAAUAAACUUGAAAAUUAUAACUCGUAA